UUUUUUUUUUUUUUUUUUUCAUUUCUCUGAAGCUUAACAAGGUUUUUUAAUCUAUUAAGUGAUGUUGACAAUCGGAGAAGGAAAUGUGAUGGCUUCAGACAACAGAUUUGCUUCGCCGCAAGCACCGUCUUCUUCUUCUCCGGGAACAAUCCAAAACCCUAAUUUUAAUUUCAUCCCUUUUAACUCAUUUUCAUCCAUUAUCCCGAAGGAGGAGCAUGGGAUGAUGAGUAUGAUGAUGAUGAUGGGAGAUGGAACAGUAGAAGAAAUGAUGGAAAACGGGUCAGCAGGCGGGUCGUUCGGGUCGGGUAGUGAACAAGCAGAAGAUCCAAAGUUCGGAAACGAAUCUGAUGUCAAUGAACUUCAAGACGAUGAACAACCUCCUCCGGCUAAGAAGAAACGUUACCACAGACACACUAAUCAUCAGAUCCAAGAAAUGGAAGCGUUGUUUAAAGAAAACCCUCAUCCAGACGACAAACAAAGAAAGAGGUUAAGUGAUGAACUUGGUCUUAAGCCUCGACAAGUCAAGUUUUGGUUCCAAAAUAGGCGAACCCAAAUGAAGGCACAGCAAGACAGAAAUGAGAACGUGAUGUUAAGGGCAGAGAACGAUAAUCUUAAGUCGGAGAAUUGUCAUCUUCAGGCGGAGCUACGGUGCCUCUCUUGUCCUUCUUGCGGCGGCCCCACUGUCCUCGGCGACAUUCCUUUCAACGAGCUCCACAUUGAGAACUGUCGCCUCCGUGAAGAGCUUGAUCGUCUGUGCUGCAUUGCUUCGAGAUACACUGGCCGUCCGAUGCAAUCCAUGCCAUCAUCUCAGCCGUUGAUCAACUCUUCUCCGAUGCUUCCACAUCAUCAACCUUCAUUGGAGCUAGACAUGAGUGUAUACGCUGGGAACUUUCCGGAACAAUCUUGUACAGACAUGAUGAUGCUUCCACCACAAGAUACAGCUUGUUUCUUCCCAGAUCAAACUGUCAACAACAACAACAGCAAUAUGUUACUUGCGGAUGAAGAAAAGGUUAUCGCUAUGGAAUUCGCUGUCUCUUGUGUUCAAGAACUUACUAAAAUGUGUGACACAGAAGAGCCUUUGUGGAUUAAGAAGAAAUCAGACAAGAUUGGUGGCGAGACUUUGUGUCUGAAUGAGGAAGAGUACAUGAGGUUGUUCCCAUGGCCAAUGGAGAAUCAUAACAACAAAGGGGAUUUUCAUCGAGAAGCUUCAAAGGCAAAUGCAGUCGUUAUCAUGAACAGCAUAACGCUAGUUGACGCGUUUCUGAAUGCUGAUAAAUGGUCAGAGAUGUUCUGUUCAAUCGUGGCUAGGGCGAAAACGGUUCAGAUCAUUUCAUCUGGAGUUUCUGGAGCUAGUGGUUCUCUUCUUCUGAUGUUUGCAGAGUUACAGGUACUAUCUCCAUUGGUUCCAACUAGAGAAGCUUAUUUUCUUCGGUAUGUGGAACAAAACGCGGAAACCGGAAAUUGGGCGAUUGUGGAUUUCCCGAUCGAUAGCUUCCAUGACCAAAUGCAGCCACUGAAUACUAUUACUCAUGAGUAUAAGAGAAAACCUUCAGGCUGCAUCAUCCAAGACAUGCCUAAUGGAUACUCACAAGUCAAGUGGGUAGAGCAUGUUGAAGUAGAUGAGAAACAUGUGCACGAGACCUUCGCUGAGUAUGUGAAAAGCGGAAUGGCCUUUGGAGCUAAUCGUUGGCUUGACGUGUUGCAGAGACAAUGCGAGAGGAUCGCUAGUCUAAUGGCUAGAAACAUAACUGACCUUGGAGUGAUAUCUUCUGCUGAAGCAAGGAGGAACAUAAUGAGGUUAUCACAGAGACUGGUGAAAACAUUCUGUGUGAAUAUGAGCACUGCUUACGGACAAUCUUGGACAGCUUUGUCGGAGACAACUAAGGACACCGUGAGGAUCACGACAAGGAAAAUGUGUGAACCUGGUCAGCCUACAGGAGUUGUUCUUUGUGCUGUCUCAACCACUUGGCUUCCAUUUUCUCACCAUCAAGUCUUUGAUCUUAUCCGUGAUCAACAUCACCAAUCUCUGCUAGAGGUUUUGUUCAAUGGUAAUUCACCUCAUGAAGUUGCUCAUAUCGCAAAUGGUUCACAUCCUGGAAAUUGCAUCUCUCUUCUUCGAAUCAAUGUCGCAAGCAAUUCAUGGCACAAUGUUGAGCUGAUGCUUCAAGAGAGCUGCAUUGAUAACUCCGGUAGCUUAAUCGUCUACUCCACCGUCGACGUUGACUCAAUCCAGCUGGCGAUGAACGGUGAAGAUUCUUCAAGUAUUCCGAUUUUACCCCUCGGGUUCUCCAUCGUACCCGUGAAUCCUCCCGAGGGUGUUUCUGUCAAUUCGAAUUCUCCUCCGUCGUGUCUUCUCACCGUUGGGAUUCAGGUCUUGGCGAGCAACGUUCCAACCGCGAAACCGAAUCUCUCCACCGUCACCACCAUCAAUAACCAUCUCUGCGCCACCGUUAAUCAGAUUACUUCCGCCCUCAGCAGCACCAUUACGCCGGCGAUUGAAUCUUCCGCCGCCGCGUCCAAACAAGAAGUCAGCUAAUUGACCGAAUUACCCUUAAACCUCCUUGCUUUUUCAGUCAAAGAGCAGUCCCGAGGCAGGGGUAAAAUAGUAAAUGUGAAAAGAGGGAGGUUCAUAGGUAAUUCGGUUAUGGCUUCGAGGUUGUUUUGGUAAAUAACGUAGCAUCUAAAUGGAUAAGCCUUUUAGGUUAUUUUCGGUUUAUUUAUGGUAAGGGUAAAAUGGGAAACUAGUUUAUGUUUUUGGCUGUUUUUGUGGGGAGGGUCAUAAUGGUAAUUAGAGGAAGUCAAGAGCGCACCAGGUUGAUAAAGUUGACCUUUUUGUUUUCUGAACCGGAUUAUCGGUCUAACCGGUUUACGGUUUAAUAGAAAAGCGUAGCUGGUUCGGGUAUUGACUUUCUACUUGGUUUGACUCCUUUGAAAUGUUUUUGCUUAUUUGCAAUUAAUAUGCUACUACCUUCUUUAUACUUUUUGGCUUUUCG